AUAGUACACUUGACAUAAUAUAUACAGCUAGCUAGCCAUGAAGACUACAAUGUUGUGUGCACUGCUCCUCUGCAGCCUCACCUGCUGCAUUCACGCCAGGCUAGAUGAAUGGACUAUAACUGAAAAGCCAUCUCCAGGCCAUGAGGUGAAGCUCACCUUUGCAAUCAAGCAGCACAACCCGGACUGGCUCAAGGACAAACUCAAAGCUGUGUCCUACCCAGACUCUCCACACUACACUGACUACAUGAACUUCGGUGAAAUUGCUCAGUACGUGUAUGGAGAACCAGAAUCUGUGAAAGUCGUCACUGAAGCUUUGGAGUCGAUGGGAGCAAACGAAAUAGACUUUACUAUCGGACGAGAUUUCGUUGUCGCCUGGGUUCCUGUCAAAGCAGCUGAAGAAUACUUCAAUGCAAAUUUUUACAAGUUUGUGAACAGAGGGUGUGAUGGAAUGAUGGUCGUUGCAUCUCCGACAUACAACAUUCCAAUGUCUAUGAAGAAACACAUUGAUUUUUUGUCUGGAUUUGAACUCCCAGGGAAAAAAUGUGAGAAAGUCAAGCUCAGAAGUUCUCCUCAAAAUUCGAAGAUUCAUGUAACUCCUGCAUACAUUGACAAACAAUACAACAUAUCUGGCUAUACUUCUACGAGUCCUCAAAAUUCUCAAGCUGUGGCGGCAUUUAUAGGACAGUAUUUUGAUCCUUCAGAUUUGCAAAUGUUUCAAAAGAAAUUUAAUCUACCCUCGAAGCCGAUCACAAAAAUUGUCGGACGUAACACACCAAGCCAACCUGGUUCUGAAGCUACGUCUGACGUUGAGUACAUCAGUGCUACAGGUAGAAAUGUUGACACAUGGUUUAUUUCCAUCGAUAGUAGUGGUCUGUUCCUAUCAUGGAUUGUAGCACAGGUGAACACAACAAACUCUCCUUGGGUGCAUUCUGUGAGCUACGGUUCUGAGGAACGCAAAACAGAGAGUGACUAUUUGACUAGAGUGGAUAAUGAGUUCAUGAAAUUUGGAAUAUCUGGUCGCACGGUGCUAUUUGCUUCAGGGGAUGGAGGAGCUCAAUGUUUGAAUGGAAUAUUUAAUCCGGAGUGGCCAGGAAGUAGUCCUCACGUCACAUCAGUGGGAGGAACAAUCAGCAUGGAUACUGUAUGGGCUGAAGGAGGGGGUGGUUUCUCUAAUGUGUUCUCAAUGCCCGACUGGCAGAAAGAAGUGGUUGAUGCAUAUUUGAAAAGUGGACAGACACCUUCGCACUCUCUCUUCAAUGCAAGUGGACGUGCUUACCCUGAUAUCAGUGCCUUUGCAACUAACUAUGAAUACAUACUAAAUGGCAAAGAUCUGUCUGUUGAUGGUACGAGUCUCUCCACUCCUGCAGUAGCCGGAAUAAUAUCAAUUCUGAAUGAUAUUCGAAUCAACAACGGACAAAAGACUCUCGGCUUUCUCAACCCUCUAUUGUACUCGCUCAAAGGCAACGGGUUCUAUGAUGUUACCAAAGGGGCUAAUGGUGAUGGUGGAGAGUGUGGAGGAUUCAAAGCCAUCAAAGGAUGGGACCCUGCGUCUGGCUGGGGAAGCCCUAACUUUGGACUGCUAAAAAGUCUCAUUUAGUGUUUGUACACUCAGCUAUUGUUCAAAUGCUUCAUGAGUGUUUUUAUCCAUACAUAAUUUUAUGUUUGUGUACACCCCCUGCAUGAUGUCUGCAUAACAUAGUAAUGAA